ACAACGGUAACCCCUCGUCCGCUCUCAAUGGGACACACCCGCUGAGUUCACCGCCGGAUCGGCAGUUAUCUCGUUUCCUUGCCAUUUGCUCGAACCGUAGGCUGGCGUUGAUGUGCUGCUGCUUUAUUUUCGUGUCUUGUCGUCUUCUCCCGACGGCUGGCCGUGCAGGAUCUAGCUUCUCCGCUUCCUCCUGCGUUGCGCAAAUGUGCAAAAAUGCACUCCUCCACCUCUCGGCUGCCGCUGCUUCCUCUGGGGCGGGCCAGGUAUCGCUGGCACCCGCUUGCUGUGCUUGCCAUCGCCGUCCAUUUCGGUCGGGGUGCCGCUGGGCAGGCAGGGCGCCGAGGAGAGGACUCUUGUGGCUCAGUCGGUCACAAGCACACACCAAUGGCGUUGCUCUCCUCUGCCUACCCCAUUCCUGGAGGGUUUCGAUGGUUGGUGCGGUGGCACAAUGGGGGAAGCACGCGACCUGUCCCUGUUGCCGUGUGGUGUGUGGGGAUGGAUGGGACGGGCUGUCCUCGAGUAUGGCAGGUAUCUUGUUGGGUGUAUGGUGGUGGUCUGGCUAUCUCUUUGGCUGAGCAACCCCGGAAGGCCGUUCAAUCGAUUCUGACUCCCCAUCUUCAGCGAAUGUGUGCGAGGCACUCUGCAGCACCACAUGUGCGCCCUGCAAGCAACCUUAGUCAGAUCUGGCAGGUCCCGCCGUCAUUGGCUUGCCAACGGGGUGCAGACAGCUUAUCUGCAGCCUUUGCGUCUCUGGCUGUUCUUUGCUCUGCUUGUCUCUGGAGCCCAUUCGACGUCUCCGAUACCACAUUGAGUAACACCCCCCCUGCUGUGUUUUCUUCCCAAGUCGCAAUUGGAUCUGGCAAGCUGCCCGACUCGAGUUCCCUAUUUUCUGUGCGUUGGGAAGCGGCCCACGGAGCUCUUCACUGCUUCUGCGACCCAGUAUCGUGAGGCAGAGCCACAGGAAGCUUGUCUGCAAGGGGCAUUCCCGUCAUCGCGAAACCCGUCAGCCCGCCUCUUGGUGAAAACGACGGGCUGGUUGGAGACUCGACUGGCAUGGACACAAGCGAUGUCGGUUCCUCAAAGCUGUCAAACAUGAGCCUUGAUUACUGUCCGG